GCCGCCGCGGUGGCUGACCGUCCGGGGGUGACACGUCCUGGGAGCGCCAGACGGAAGCGCCGCUGGGACUGACACGUGGACUUGGGCGGCGCUGCCCGCGUGGGCUGGCUGGCGGGAGCCGGCUCUGGACUCGCUGCGUCCGAUGCAGCCGACGCGGCUGCCCCCAGACCAGGCCCGUGGGGACGCGGCGGAGGACGCUCAGUGGUCCAGGCCCGAGUGCCAGGCAUGGACGGGGACGCUGCUGCUGGGCACGUGCCUUCUCUACUGCGCCCGCGUCAGCAUGCCCAUCUGCACUGUCUCCAUGAGCCAGGACUUCGGCUGGAACAAGAAAGAAGCCGGGAUUGUGCUCAGCAGCUUCUUCUGGGGCUACUGCCUGACCCAGGUCGCUGGUGGCCACCUGGGGGACCGGAUCGGGGGUGAGAAGGUCAUCCUGCUGUCGGCCUCUGCCUGGGGCCUCAUCACUGCCGCCACCCCGCUGCUCGCCCACCUGGGCAGCGCCCACCUGGUCUUCAUGACCUUCUCGCGCAUCCUCACCGGCUUGCUGCAAGGGGUGUACUUCCCCGCGCUGACCAGCCUGCUGUCACAGAAGGUUCCGGAGAGCGAGCGCGCCUUCACCUACAGCGCCGUGGGGGCUGGCUCCCAGGACGCUGGUGACGGGGGCGGUGGGCUCCCUGCUCCUGGACUGGUACGGCUGGCCGAGCGUCUUCUACCUCUCCGGCGGCCUCACCCUGCUGUGGGUGUGUUACGUGUACAGACCUUGUCCUGGCCUUGGACGUUUUGGUGCAAGGCCUGCCGAUGUCCCGGCACACCAGGGUCCCCUGGAGACAGCUCUUCCGGAAGCCUUCCGUCUGGGCGGCCAUCUUCUCCCAGCUGUCCUCCGCCUGCUCCUUCUUCAUCCUGCUGUCCUGGCUGCCCACCUUCUUCAGGGAGACCUUCCCCAGCUCCCAGGGCUGGGUCUUCAACGUGGUGCCCUGGCUGGUGGCAGUCCCAGCCAGUCUGUUCAGCGGGCUUCUCUCUGACCACCUCAUCAGUCAGGGUGAGCCCUGGGGACCGGACACGCCAGGGGCCACGACGGGGCCUCGCCUCACCUUGGGAGGCGGGAGGCGUCCUUCCAGGGGCAGGUUACAGAACCAUCGUCGUGAGGAAGUUCAUGCAGGUGAUGGGCCUGGGCCUGUCCAGCGUCUUCGCCCUGUGCUUGGGCCACACCUCCAGCUUUUGUAAGUCCGUGUUCUUUGCCUCGGCCUCCAUCGGCCUCCAGACCUUCAACCACAGUGGCAUUUCUGUCAACAUCCAGGACCUGGCCCCGUCCUGUGCUGGCGUUCUCUUUGGUGUGGCCAACACAGCUGGGGCCUUGGCAGGUGUUGUGGGCGUGGGCCUGGGUGGCUACCUGAUCGAGACCACCGGCUCCUGGACGUCCCUGUUCCACCUGGUGGCCGCCAUCAGCAGCCUGGGGCUGUGCAGCUUCCUGGUGUUUGGAAAGGCCCAGAGGGUGGACCUGGGCCCCACCCACCAGGACCUCUAGCCGCGCCCCAGCCGGACCCCACACACCCCGCACCACCAGCCUUGGGGUGAAGGGUUCGGUGUCAGAGCCUCUUCCUCUUGCCCCCCGUCGUGUGACAGCGGAGCCGAGCCCCAGCUGAGCUGGGGGACGGAGGGCCGGCACCGGCACCUGGCCCUGGCCGGGCCUAGGUUUCCCCUCUGCCCAGUGUCCUCAGGGUUGCGGGCCUCUUGGUGUUGCAGGACCGUCCGGGGCGAGUGGGGUCGACGCACCCGGACACGCCUCCCUGCAGCGUCAGGAGUGUCCUGGCAGUCGGCCCGCCCACCCUGUGCCCAAUCCGCAGGGUCCGGGCGGCCUCUCCCCCGACCCGAGUCCCUCUAUUUCCGGGCACUUGGGGCCCAGGCAGUUCUCUGUGCUGGGCCGUGCUGGGCGCUGUGGGGUGCUCAGGGCCACCCUGCCCCCAACACUGUCUCCCGAUACCACCAGUGUCCUCUGGACAGCUGCCCCCGGGUGAGGACCCCAGCUCUGGGCAGUGGGCUCCGGCCUUGUGGCCAUCCUUGGGGACCCCACCCCCAGCACCCCCUCCUGUGGAUCCCUGGACACAGGCAAUGUGCUCUGCGUCCCACGGCGUUGACCAGGACCAGGCGACCCACCUUCCGUUCGCUCAGAGCGGCCGUCUCUCCCGAAUUGAUGAGGGGCGUGGCUGGGUGAACUGGGGAGAAAAGAAUGUGGAAAACCACACCAGCGCCUUAUUUAAAUGAUGACCAUUAAACUAUUUAAAAGAA